ACGCGUGAAAUGUCGGCAAGUUCUUUGAUUCCAUUAAUUGCGUCACACGACCUUGUAAGAUCUUACACCGAGAUAUUAAGUUCUUGUGGGAUAAGUAAUCAGAACAAGUUACACGGGUGUUUGGUACAACUACAGUAUCUAAUGCGAGGUCAUCUCGCUAGCAAUGUCGCUGGAAUCGAUAUAGGCCCGAUAUUUCUUUCAAAGGUUGAUCAAUUAUUGUACAAAAAUUCAUGCGAACUUACAAGAUAUUUGUUUUUAUGUAUUAUGGACGAGUUCGUAUUUGAUGCUAAAUGGAUUUCCGGAGAGCCGGAUAAAGCGAAACGAGAAG